AUGCCGUUCAAGGGUGAGGAUUUCCGAAAAAAUUUUAGCGAGUUGUCUACGUUAAAGGCACUUUUUCCAGAUGCUGUUACAUUGGCUCUAACCGCUACUGCUACACCAGACACUGUAGAAUAUUUGAUUAAAUCGCUCGCCCUUAUUACGUAUAAAGUCAUUGCUGUAUCGCCAAAUCGAAAAAAUGUGUAUUUAAACAUACAAAGACGCCCAAACUCUAACUUGGGUUUGAAAGGAUUUGAAGUUAUUCUCAAACCGUUGGCUGAAAAAUUAAACGUGCAAAGAGAACACUAUCCCAUGACAAUAAUUUACAUGCAUUUAAGAUAUUGUGGGUAUGGGUACAAAUUAUUUGAAAAUGUUAUAAGAAAUCAUUAUGUUGGUGACAAUAUUUGUCCUAGAGCAAGAUUGUUUGCACAGUUUCAUGCUUCUUGUACUUCACAAAUGAAAGAGGUUAUAUUGAAGGAGUUAAAGAAGUCAGAUUCACGAAUUAGAGUAGUAUUUGCUACAACUGCUCUAUGUAUGGGUGUUGAUGCUCCAAAUAUAUCUAAUAUUAUUCACAUAAGUCCUCCAUCAACAUUAGAGUCAUUUGUGCAAGAAAUUGGAAGAGGAGGAAGAAAUGGUGUAGCUUGUGAUUCACUUUUAUAUUUCAACAAUUCUGAUUUGGCAUCUAAGUAUGGGAUAGAUGUCUCAGAGUGUUUUUGCUAA